UUUUAGUCGGUCACACGCCACUGAAUGCUUGCACAUGCACACCCGUUUAUUCUUGCCACGAUCAAUUGCAGAUCCCCUUUCCUUUCUUUUAAAUCAUCUCCCUCAGCAUAAGUACCAAAAUUCUCAGAAUGUUUCUGACUGGCUCUAUCGUUGGUCAGUUAUGUGUACCAUUCUACAGGAAAUGGAUUAAUUACUACACGACAAACUACACCCCCCCCUCCACUUCUUGACCCAGGCAGGAAAUUUCUCAACUGAUUGUCCCUUUAAACUUGUUAGCAAUAUUCCUCCUUUUUUUUCUCACCUUCUCUUUUUCCUUUCCUUUACCUUUUUAACCUCUUUUCCCAUAAGAGGGUUUUUAGAUACUUUUUUUUUCCACAUAAUUUGAACUGACCUGAGC